AUGGAGAACUUAACUCGCGGUUGCAGCAAUGUAGUGGAGAGAGGGGGUCGUGGUAUACCUCGAGACUGUGAUAAUCUAGUGCUCUGUUUACUUGUUACAAUUGUAAUGCAGCUGUCUUUCUACAUUAUUGCUUGUACAUGCAAGUUUGACAAAGUGACUGAUUUUGCUGGUGGCUCUAAUUUUGUUAUUUUAGCUCUUCUAACAUUUGGACUCAGUGGGGCUUACAAUGCACGUCAAAUCAUUACAACAGUACUGGUAUUGUUAUGGGGUAUACGACUGGCUGGUUAUCUGUUGUAUCGUAUUAUAAAGAUUGGAACUGAUAAACGUUUUGAUGCCGUCCGUGGAAAUCCACUCAAAUUUCUUGUCUUUUGGAUAUUUCAGAUCUUAUGGGUAUAUAUUGUGAGUUUUACAGUGAUGUUUAUCAAUUCUCCUACAUCACCUCGACCUGAUUUUGAUGACAUUGUACCUCAGGAUAUUACUGUUAUUAUUGGUGCUAUCAUCUUUAUUUUUGGACUUGGUUUAGAAACAAAUAUCAGAUCAAGUGAAAUUCAAUUUCGUAAUAAUCCUGCAAAUAAAGGAAAAAUUUGCAAUGUUUGGUCUUGGAGGUUCUCACGUCAUCCUAACUAUUUUGGUGAAUUGUGUGUUUGGUGGGGCGUGUUUAUCAUCAGUACAUCUAUUCUGGAAACUUGGAAGUGGAUAGCCGUUAUCAGUCCACUUUUUAUUACAUUUUUAUUGGUAUUUGGUACUGGUGUACCACCAUUAGAACGAAGUGCCGAUAAAGAUUAUGCAGAAACCCUGACUAUCAAGAGUACAAAGCAUCCACUAGUCCUAUUCCCCAUUUUUUCCUGCACUCUACAAGAGAAUGACAAGUGGUUGAAAGUAUUGUUCUGUUGUGAGUUUCCAUUUUAUAGUGUCAAAAUUGAAGUUGAUGAGGAAAAAGGAAGUGAGAAUAACUCUAUAGAAAAUAGGAAAACUUCUGACGAGACAACACCAAUAAAAUUAUAA